GGGAGCGGGGGCAGCAAGUUCGGAUGCGCUCUACUUAAGGUCCUGCUGCGUGAGCCAUUGACGUGUUUGGAGUUGGAGACGGCCUGGGUGCUGGCGAAGCGGAGGCCCGAGUGAGAAGACUAUUAGGAUACCCUUGGAAAUGCUGAGACUGAGAGAUCCUGACAUAAAUCCUUGCAUGUUGGAAUCGGAUGCUUCUAUCAGAUGUCUGGAUGCGAAUAACUAUGACAAGGAAAAGUGUUCUACUUACUUCCUGAAGUACCGAAACUGCCGGAAAUUCUGGCAUUCUAUCAUGAUCCAGAGAAGACAGAACGGAGUGAAGCCAUGUAUGCCUACCGCAGCAGAGAGAGAUGAAAUCUUGGGAGAAAUGGGAAAGAUGCCUUAUUGAAUGUUUGCAUUAAAAUUGUUUAUAGAACUUAGAAGCAGAUGAGUACUUUUAAUAAAUGGUUGCUAUAAUAGUUAA